AUGAUAUUUGAUGAUGUUUCAGUGAAAACUCGUCCAGAUGUCGAACUGGAUGUUGACGCCGAUGCUCAGGAAGUCGACGUCCCUACUUCCACUCGUGCUGCGCAAGUAUGGAAGCAUCACAGGCUAACUACAGUACGUGGAGCGACGGCAAGCACAAGCCUAACUUAUGCACCCGGUACCCUAACCCGCAAUGAGCACCAAUCUGCUAUCAGUACGACCACAUCACCACUACGCUUCACACAUUCACCUCUAAUUCACACUAGCAACGAACAAAGCACGUCUAGAGAGCGAACGACAAGAAUGACGCCAGCUGUGGUCGUUGCAAACCGAAGAACUGACGUGACAACUGCAGCCGAGAGGUUACCCACUAGCACUCAGUCUAGCACUAUCACUAUUAAACCAUUCAGAACAACUCGUACUACCUCGACCAGAAAGACGACACCAAAGCCUUUGCAAGCAACAACGGAAGAGGUGGAGUAUGAAAUUGUGGAGGUCGAAGUAGACGAAAAUGGCAACGAAAUCGAAGGCGAAAAGUUAGAGAGUUCUGUGGAGCAACCUAUCAAUGGAGAACGGGCCCAGAAAGUACCAAACGCACAAAGGAGUGGGGAAGUGCAGGAGGAUGAGCCACUCGGAAAGCGGAAAAACCACGAAUUGGGAGAGCAGGAGGAACGGAGAAAAUUGGUGGAGGCUCAGAAGCGAGCUUUGAAUCUUCCGGUCGACACCGAGGUUGAAUAUUUUGACAAUGAAACUACGAACACGGCUGACGCAUCGCCUGACGGUGGAUGA